ACGAAGCCAAGCAACCGCUUUGUUGCUAGACAACAAUCGAAAUUCCCCGAAACAAACUGGGCUCGCCUUAGCUUUAUCGAUACUCUGACUCUCUGACCCCGGCAGACGUACCUGACCCCCAGGAGCAACCAUGUCUAUAUAUCGGCGUGCCUCCAUGACCGCCCGGCAGCGGCAAACGCGGGCCGGUCGGAUGACCCGGUACUCGAUCUUCACGAUGAAGCGACCCUUCACCUUCCAGGUGCGCAAGUCCCUGGUGGAGUAUGUGGACAUCGAGUUAGCAGAUAUGGAUACAUCGGUGUUCUACCAGCGUAUCUUUAUCCUGGCCAAGAACGCCCAUUUAACGCCGGAGGAGACAGAGCCAGAGGUGGAACCAGAACCCGUUCAGGCCGACCAGUCAGAGGGCGUUUCAACAGUUCAUCCAACGCUCGAGUUCAAGGAGGAUAUGAUCAUACCCAUGGACGAUGUUUCGCUCAGCCAGGAAGAGGCUGAGGAGGAGGCAAGUGUGGAAGUUCCGUCAGAGAUGGCUAGAACCUCUGCUGACCCAGAUCAGGAAGUUUUAACCCACACGUUUCGAUUCAGUGGGUUUGAAACUGCCGAGGAGGAGUUCAUCGGCGAUGAAGAUGAUAGAAUGACUGUAGUAUCCACAGAAGUCAAGCCGAAGGACUUCUUCGACGUCUUUAGUGAUGUUCUAAAGCAAUUGCAUAAGCAGUGCAAGGAGGUGGCCAUCACACCGGAUCCCAUGUGCGGCCUGUAUAUGUAUAUGGGCGACUACAGCCUCCUGAUGCUGGAGAGCUCCGAGGAUAUGAUAGGUUGCUUCACCAAGGCUUUGCUCGAGUGCUGCGAUACCUACUGGGUGACAAAUCGUGUCUUCCAGAUCGAGGAUCAUAUUACGGAGCUGUAUACCAACGAGCUCAUCUUUCGCCGCAUGCCGGCCGUCUUUCUCAACGAGAAGUUUCCCACCUCAACGCCCACAGACGAGUACCUGAUGGGUAAGCAGCAUCUGAUUAUCAAGGACAAGCUCCACACCAUUUGCCGCAUGCUCUUGGAGCAGGUCGAUCAGGGGGAUCAAUCGGAAAUGGACGGAGACUCCACACGCGAGAGUCUGGAUGAUGAGGAAGAUUUUGAACAGACGAAAAGUAAGACAAAGUCAUUGUUAAUCGAUCAGGUGCCGAUUGAUUUAUACCGUAAGCAUUUACCCGAGAUCCAGCGGAUCGAACUGGUGCUAGCUUCCACGAGAUUCUACUAUGAACUGGAUGACUUUGCCAAGCUCUAUGGCCAGGUACCCUUUGCCCGGGACGAGGAGGGUCACUUCUGGCCCAUACAAAACAAUUACACACCGCCUCAUAUCUUCCGGCGCACACCGUAUGACAUUAACCUUACCUUUGCGGACUAUGCCUCGGCUGCCACUAGGAAAAGGACAUUGAGCUUGGUGUCGGAAAAUUCUGGAGGAGAAGAUGGCGCCGAGGAGGAGGGAGCGGCCAAGGACGACGGAGCGGCAAAGGGUGAGGGAGCGGCCGCGGAGGAGGCACCUCCGAAAGGCGAUUGAGUAACUCUACGAAUAUCUUGUUUCAUUUCAAUUUGUA